AUGCGGAGAGGUCCGCACUCUCAAAACUGCGUGCACGCUCAGUGUGACGGCCGGGCUGCCUGUUCGCGAUGCAAAGACCCGAGUCGCACCCGCUCGGUCGCAUCGCGAGAUCCUUCACCCUCAUCCCAUGUCCUUCCCAAGUCCACCCAGCAGGCUGAGAUUCCUCGCACAGGGCGCAUUAUCGCCAACUACCAACCGCUCUCGCUCCUCAUCGACGAGACGGUCUCUCCGUCGCUAACCGCCACCGCCCUCGCCGACCAACAAACCGAAGUCUUCACCAACUACAUCCUCGCCUGCUUCCCCUGCUACUUCAAAUGCACCGAAAAACAAGUCCCCGUCAAUUGGAUCGAAUAUGUCGACCGUCGCCGCGGUUCCCCCGGCUCUUCCCCAGCUGACUGGGCCCUGCGUUCCUGCACGUCUGCCUACAUGGGAGCUCUGUAUCACGAUGCGCGAUUCACUCACGCUGGACGGGACCUCUACCUGCGCGCGCUGCGUGGCCUCGCAGUCCUCCUCUGCGACCCCGACACUGCGAAAUCCGACGAAUGCCUUUCCACUGCUAUUUCGCUCGCCAUCUACGAGAAACACCACUGCACCGAGCCCGACGCCUGGCUGCGCCACGCCGCCGGCAUCCGCACUCUUAUGAAACUCCGCGGACCCGCUGCGCACGUCCACGGAUUUGGGCGCGCCCUGUACUUGGCAUAUCGACAUUUUUUGAUUACCCACGCGCUUAUUUCCGGUGAGGCGUGCUUCCUUGAGGAACCCAAAUGGCAAGCUCUCAACGAACAGAUCAUCUCUGAUAAUGCCAAACUACCCGACUCGUCGCUAUACACGGACGUCGUCGAGCGCGGAAGUCUCGUGGUGACUCGAAUCCCAGGGCACGUGAAAAAAGUGCGCGAGCUGCGCUGUAAAUCUGGCAAGGAGCAAACCGCGCUUCGGCCGGCGCUGCUGCAAGAGGUGCAGGCGACACGCGCAGCUCUUCGCGGCAUACGCACGGAAUUCGGCGUCGCGGUGUCGAUGUUGCGAUCCGGACAGAAGCGUCGGCAGGGCACCUCGACGCGGGAAUUUAUCGGCCCUUUGCCUCAUGUGUUUUUCGAUCGCUACUCCACUCUAUUCGAUAGGGGUAUUCGGUCGGGGUUGAGAAUUCUUAAUUAUUGUGUUAUGAUUCUCGAUCCGAGUCAGCGCGAGGCUGUGGAGGACGAGGUUCGGCUGUUGGAGGAUCAGAUCCCUCCGUCGCCAUCGCUGUCACCGUCCGCUUCCUCUUCAGCUUCAUUAUCUCCAGAGGGUGAUAGGUCGCUGCUAACUCCGCCCGAUUCUCCGGGUCAGGCCCAGUUGCGGAUCAAGUCGUUGAUUACGCCUGAGACGAAGCGUCCGCCUAUCACGCCGUGGAUGGAUCAGAUUGUAACAACAAUGGGUUUGGAUGGGGUGGAGAUACCCGUGCUUCAACUAUCCUAA